AAAAUUGUUUAAAAGAAAGCAUGCAAGCUUGUUCUUCACCCGACAUUAAUCAAAGCGUUUAUUGAUAAUUAAAUUGUUGAUAAAAUCUUCAUCAUGACUGCAUACGGUUACAAGCUGACUAAGCUUGAAGAGAAGAAGCUGCAGCAGUGGUCAGAGAAACGAAUGGAGGAGGUGAAACAGGAGAGACUCAACAACCCAGCAAAACCGAGAUAUCCUAACACCUCCAGGGCUCUUCAGGACAACUCUCACAACAACUCCCUUUCCAGACAAGCUGAUAGAAGAACUGAGUUUAACUUUCAACGAAAUCAAAGAGAGGAGCGUGAAUCAAGGGAUAUGGAAGAUAGGGAGAGAAAGAAGAGGAUGGAUCGACCGGUUGAGAAUCCCAAGUUCUCCAGCAAGCAGUUCCAACAUAAACAAACUAUGACGAGUGCCCUUAGUAAAUAUCUGCCUCACUAAUCAAUAAUCAUUCAGACUUUUGUAAUUUGUGAAAUCUUUAAUGAGUGGAGCAAUUUAUUGCACUACUUUUUAUUUAGCACAAUUUGUUUCCAUAUUGAAA